AUGCAGAAGCUUGAUACCGGCACCGCUAUCUAUGGCAUCUCGAAGUUCGCAGAUUUGACGGAGAAAGAGUUCCAGAAAAUUUAUGCGAACAUGAAGCGUCCACCUCCGCGGCGCGCUAUUUCAGUUCCAUCACAUUCUGAGCCCAAUCGCGUCUCACUUCCGCUCAGAUUUGAUUGGCGAACCAAAGGGGCUGUUACUCCUGUCAAAGAUCAAGGGGCUUGUGGUUCAUGUUGGGCUUUCUCUGUUACUGGUAACAUUGAGGGACAGUGGUUUUUAAAGACCAAUCAGCCGGUUUCGUUGAGUGAGCAGCAACUACUGGACUGUGAUUCCAAAGAUGAGGCGUGCAAUGGUGGCUUACCCGAAUGGGCAUUCGAAGCGGUACAGCAGAUGGGGGGACUAAUGAGCGAGAGCGACUACCCUUACAAGGCCGAAAAAGAGAAAACAUGUAAACUCAGUCGCCCAAAUAUGGUGGCCUACAUAAAUGACUCUCUGGAACUACCGUCAGACGAAUUUCAGCUGGCGAAUUGGCUCUCUAUUCACGGGCCUAUCAGCGUGGGUAUCAAUGCCAACUUUUUGCAGUUCUAUCUUGGAGGAGUGAGUCAUCCACCGCACAUCUUGUGCUCGAAAGAAGGCUUGGAUCACGCGGUUCUCAUUGUCGGCUACGGAUUUACUUCAUUCUGGCAUUCACCAUACUGGAUAGUGAAGAACAGUUGGGGCAAUACAUGGGGCGAGGAUGGUUAUUUCCGGGUGUACCGUGGGGAUGGAACAUGCGGCAUAAAUGCGGACGCCACUUCUUCCAUCAUCAAAUAG